UUGACUGGAGCCGGUUGUCACUGCGGGAGGAGGAUGAAUAAGAAGAAAUGUAGCUCUUUAUUUCUCAAACCUGGGGGUCGGACGAGGAUAAUACAAUGCAUCUACGUGGUGGGAUUCAUGGACCUGUUUGGGGUGAGCAUGAUCAUUCCUCUGCUCAGCCACCACGUGAAGUCUUUGGGAGCCAGUCCUACAGUGGCAGGUGUUGUAGGAUCUACUUAUGGGAUACUGCAGUUGUUCUCGAGCACUAUAGUUGGCAGCUGGAGUGAUGUGGUUGGACGGAGGUACUCUCUGCUAACCUGUUUACUGCUGAGUGCAUUUGGGUACGGCCUGCUUGGCAUGUCCACCAGCAUCGCCCUAUUUGUCCUUGCACGGAUCCCUGUGGGGUUGUUCAAACACUCCCUGUCCAUCUGCAGAGCAUUGUUGUCUGAUCUAGUGUCUGAGUCAGAGCGCCCUCUGGUGAUGGGACACUUUAACGCAGCCUCCAGUGUUGGGUUCAUUCUGGGUCCUGUGGUUGGUGGUUACCUCACAGAGCAUGACGGUGGAUUUUACACCUCCGCCUUCACGUGUGCUGCCAUCUUUGUCCUUAAUGCUGGGCUUGUAUUAAUGCUGCCUUGGAAUGAUACAGUAAUCAACUGCAACAGCACAAACGACAGCGCUAAAGCUUGUAUAGACUGCUCCAAGUCCACACAGAAUGGCUCGCAUGCAAACAGCCUUUACCAAAAGCCCCCCUCAGAGCCAGAGGAGACGCACAGGGCUGUUGAGUGGGGGCAGGUGUCACUGCUACAGCCUGUUUGGAGACAGCUGUCCUCAGUGGGAUGUAGGAUUCACAUGGUGGCCUCCUCAGACAUGUGGGAUCUCUUCCUCGUGCGACUUCUCAUGGCCAUAGCUAUCAUGCUCUACUACAGUAACUUCUCUCUGGCCAUGGAGGAGCGCUUUUCUCUCAAACCAAAGAUGACAGGUUACCUGAUCAGCUACAGCAGCCUCCUAGGUGCCGUGUCUGGGUUUUUAGUGGGACCAGUCACAAAACUGUAUGGGAACAACAUGCAUGCACUGCUGCUUCACUCCACAAUGCUCACAUGUACACUUAUUUUUCUUUAUGCCACUGCACCGAGUGUCUGGCAGGUCCUGCUCACCUCCACCUUUUUUGCCAUUUCAACAUCCAUUGGGCGGACCUGUAUCACAGACCUGGAACUACAAAGAGGAGGGGUACAGUCAAGUGGGACUCUGAUUGGAGCGGGACAGUCAGUUACAGCUGUGGGUCGGGUACUGGCCCCUCUCCUGUCUGGACUGACCCAGGAGGCCAGCCCCUGUGGACCCCCCAGUCUGGGAGUGGCUCUGGCACUAGCUGCCGUUGGUUUACUGCUUAUCCGUAUUCCCACAUGGAAUGGGAGAAGGACAAAACAGGAAUAACUUUGAAUUUGAAACAGUCGACUCUGUUGACAGUUUAAUUUCACUGUGCCGUUCACAGAAAUGUUCCUUAAUAUACUGAUGUGGGACAUGUGUGGGAAGACUUGAGUGAAGGAGAUAAAUAUGGCUCAUUAGUCCGUAAUCACCAGCAUGGAUGAGAACCAAACCACAGCAGUGUGUUAUUUAUAAGAAAUAUGGGCCCAAAUACCAACUGAUUUUAGUUUAACAAUCACCACUGUUGAAAAUGUAAGUAUUUUUUUGCACAGUAGCUGAUGACACUAAGAUUUUAGGAUGAAAUGUCUCAACUACAAAUGAUGAUUUUAGAUUCUAAUAGUUACUGAGAAAGCUUGAUGUUCUCCACAUUUACCUCACACUUAAAACUGCACUACCUAAAAGAGGACUGCAAGUGCUGUUAACUAUUAGAUAUUUUGUUAAUCAGAUAUGGCAAGUCUAUAUUUAUAGAAUUGUUUUUUUUUUAAAUAUGUAAAUACAAGAUAUUUGUACAGAU